CCUCAAACGCUCGCCCUCUCUAACCCGCUUUUCCCAGGCCUUCGCCGCACUAGGCCGUGGCGAAUGACGUCAGCGGACCGCGCCGCCAGAAGGUCACACGGGCUUUUCCAACAUGGCGGCGGCGGCGCUGCGAGGUGGCUGGUGCCGCUGCCCGCGGAGAUGUCUCAGCAGCAGAGCCCCGUUUCUUUCCAGCCACACCCUCGUGCCACUCCAUCAUGGUACCUAUCAGCUGCGCCAACCUGGCAGAGAGCUACCCCUGUCCAGAUCCUAUUCUUCUGGAAACAGAAAAGGUUUCCUCUCGGGGUUGGUCGAUAACAUCAAACAAGAGCUAGCCAAGAACAAGGAAAUGAAAGAAAGCAUCCAGAAAUUUCGCGACGAGGCUCGGAAGCUGGAGGAGUCAGAUGCGCUCCAGGAAGCCCGGAGGAAAUACAAAACCAUCGAGUCGGAGACGGUACGCACAGGCGAGGUGAUCCGGAAGAAGCUGGGGGAGCUUACGGGCUCCGUGAAGGAGAGUCUCGAUGAAGUGAGCAAGAGCGACCUGGGUCGGAAGAUCAAGGAGGGCGUGGAGGGGGCCGCCAAGACGGCGAAGCAGUCGGCAGAGUCGGUGUCCAAGGGCGGAGAGAAGCUGGGCCGCACGGCCGCCUUCAAAGCCCUGUCCCAGGGCGUGGAGUCCGUGAAGAAGGAGAUCGACGAGAGCGUGCUGGGCCAGACCGGGCCCUACCGGCGGCCCACGCGGCUCCGCAAGCGGAAGGAGUUCGCCGGCGAGAAGCUCAAGGAAGAGAAAGUGUUCGAGCCCAACGAGGAGGCCCUGGGUGUCGUCCUGCACAAGGACUCCAAGUGGUACCAGCAGUGGAAAGAUUUCAAGGACAACAACGUGGUGUUCACCCGUUUCUUCGAGAUGAAGAUGAAGUAUGACGAGAGCGACAAUGCUUUCAUCCGGGCGUCACGGGCACUGACGGACAAGGUCACAGACCUACUGGGGGGCCUGUUCUCCAAAACUGAGAUGUCGGAGGUGCUGACGGAAAUCCUGCGCGUGGACCCCGCCUUCGACAAGGACCGCUUCCUGCAGCAGUGCGAGAACGACAUCAUCCCCAACGUGCUGGAGGCCAUGAUUUCUGGAGAGCUUGACAUCCUCAAAGACUGGUGCUAUGAAGCUACUUACAGCCAGCUCGCCGUGCCCAUCCAGCAGGCCAAGGCCCUCGGCCUGCAGUUCCACUCCCAUGUCCUGGACAUUGACAACGUGGACCUGGCCAUGGGCAAGAUGAUGGAGCAGGGCCCGGUGCUGAUCAUCACCUUCCAGGCGCAGCUGGUGAUGGUGAUCAAGAACCCCAAAGGCGAGGUGGUGGAGGGUGACCCGGACAAGGUGCUGCGCAUGCUGUACGUGUGGGCGCUGUGCCGCGACCAGGACGAGCUCAACCCCUACGCCGCCUGGCGCCUCCUGGACAUCUCGGCCUCCAGCACCGAGCAGGUCCUCUGAGCGCCGCUGGGACCCCCGGGACCUCCGGGGCCCGGGCCGGAUCGCCGCGGGGACAGAGCCCAGCGGGACCAGGCUCGGCGCUGCUCCCCCGGUUCAGCGAGGGCAGCGGCAGAGCCAGCUGGACCUGGACGGGGAGACGGAGGGGCAGCUCCCCACCGCGCCUGCCCCUGACCACCCUUCUGGCCUGGGGGCUGCUGCAGGGCUGGGGUGGGAGGGCAGACAGUGCCAAGAGCCCCGUUCCAGGGACUCUCCAUGGGGGCGGGGGCCCCGGCCCUGCCCCGGGACCCCCUGGUCAGGCCAUUUUAGCUCUACUCAUUUUUUUAACCAGUGUCCUUACCCUGUACAUACGCUUGAGAUUUGGAAAUAAAGCACAGGCGUGCAGGAAAACGG